AAACUCUCGAUGUUAUCGAAUGGAACAUCGAUAUUUACCACAUGGUAACAGGCAAAAUGGCGUUGACCGUUCCUUGUUUGGCUGUGCGUGGUUCCAAUGGUCUUACCUUAGGACAAGGCCCACCGUCUUACAUGACAGAGACUGCAUUUUCUCGAGAUGACAGUAAAGCAUGUAAAACGAUGCUCUUCAGCCCGGAUGGCCGUUAUUUUGCCUGGGCGAAUGGAAUUUACGUACAAAUUGCUCUCUGUGAAACUUGGAAGGUCAUUGCCAAAAUUCCAAGGCCUAAAGUUUGCAGUAUACAAUUUUCACCACAGGGAAAUUAUAUUAUGACAUGGGAGCCGUUUAUUGCCACGCCAUCAAAUCCUCAAGGAUCUCCUAAUCUUUAUAUCUGGAAAUCGGAGAAUGGUGAUUUAGUGAAAAGCUUUAUUCAGAGAAAGCAAAUUGACUGGGAGCCGCAAUGGUCGAGCGAUGAGAAAAUCUUUGGAAUGCUAGUUAAUAAUGACGUUCUUUUGUAUGAGGAUGUGAAUUUUGAAAAAAUUGUACACAGGAUAAAUUUAUCAAAAAUAGGUAAAUUUAGUAUAGCACCUGGACCAGCUCCUUAUCACGUACUCUGCUACAUGCCAGGAAAACCUGGCCAAGCGUCAAUGGGUCAACUUUUCCAGUAUCCAAAAUUCGAAUCAACGCAAGCAAUAGCGAGGAAGAGUUUUUUCCAGUCAGAUAGAGUUGAUAUUUAUUGGAAUCAAAAAGGAACUAAUGUUUUAUUGAUGGCAAGUACGGAAGUUGAUAAAACUUCAUAUUAUGGUAAACAAACUCUACAUUAUUUGGAUACAAAAGGCGAAACAGCUUUAGUCAGUUUGAGCAAAGAAGGACCUAUACAUGCCGUGGAGUGGUCACCGAAAAAUUCCGAAUUCUGUGUUAUUUACGGUUUUAUGCCAUCGAAAGCAACACUUUUCAAUCUCAAGUGCGAAUCUGUUUUCGAAUUCGGUGUUAAACAUCGCAACAGCAUAUAUUACAAUCCACAGGGGAACAUGUUGUUGUUGAGCGGAUUUGGAAAUUUACAAGGUAGCAUUGAAGUGUGGGAUAUGAAUAAUCGAAAAUUAAUUGCAAGUACCGAAGCACCUGACACGACUUUACUUCAAUGGUCGCCUAAUGGGGAAAAUUUUAUGACUGCAACAACAGCGCCAAGACUUCGAGUAGGCAAUGGGUAUAAAAUUUGGCAUUACACUGGAACAUUAUUAUACGAACGAUUUUGGAAUAAACAGGAUGAAUUAUGGGAAGUUGUUUGGCAAAAUUAUCCGUCUUCCGUGUUUCCAGAAAAGCCGAUUUGUUAUAAAGCCGUUGAAGGUAUAGCGCCUAGUCAACCUCAAGCAUCAAAGCAAGCAUACAGACCACCUUCUGCAAGGGGACACACAAUAACAUUUAAUCUUCACGAUGAUGAUGAUGAUACUCCAUCAAAAUCAGGACACGGAAAUUCCAAAGCGUAUCUAAAGGCAAAGAAGAAACGAGAAGCUAAGAAAGCUAAAAAAGAACAAGAAGCAUUAGUAUCAAAAUUAGUGGAUGAUGAUCACGCUUCAAAAACGAAUAGUGUGCCAAAAAAUCAGUCUUCUGCAAAGGACUCUGAUUUAACAGACGACGCGGAAAAGAACAAAAAAAUUAGAAAGAUUAAAAGUAAAUUGGACCAAAUAACAAAAUUAAAGGAACAACAAUCAUCAGGGAAACAAUUGGAAAUGAAUCAAUUGGACAAGAUAAAAAAAGAAGCAGAUUUAUUGAAGGAAUUACAAGAUUUGUCUUUGUGAUAAAAUUAAUUGUGAGACCCACUCGAAGUAAAUAUUCUCUAAUUAUAGACACAGCAAAACAAAGAGAGUAAAAACAUUUCUUUCGAGAUUUUUCAAGUAUAUAAAAUAAAAAAUAAAAAUCAAACUCAGACGAUUUUCAAGAAGAAAUAAAAAAUGAAGAAAUGUUUGAAAUAUGUUCGCCAGGGAUUUUUUGAUGAAUAAGAUUGUAAAUAAGCUAUUUUUUGAAAUUUUAAUUUUUGCCAAUCUUCAUUUAUUUCAUGAAGAAUCACCCCGACAUAAUUAUUAUUAUUUCUUUUUAUUAAGACUAUAUUUUGAUCUCAAUUUCUGCAACAAAAAAAUCUACAAAUUAACUUUUUCUACUCCUAUAAUAUAUUCAAAUUACUCGAAUCUAUUUUUGCUGCAGUUAAAAUAAUAAAAUGGGAAUUUUUUUCUUUGUAAAAUUAAAAUAAAGAAAAUAUUUUUUCGAUUCAACUCGGUGCUUUAAAAAAAAUCAUGUAUAUAAUAUAAAGAAAAUGAUAUUGCACAGUAAAGGUUUUAUUUUCAAUGAACUUAAAAUACAAUAAUGUGAAAGAGAGGACGGGGGGAAUUCAAUUUAAUUGAUCCUUUUCUUUUAAAUGUAUUUUGAAUUUUUAAUAUUCAUUUCUAAAAAAUUUUAUUCGAGAACAAAGCAUCUUAAUUUUUGAAUUUAAUUAUUUUCCUUUGAAAAAUUAAUUAUUUAAAUAAACGAGUCUUUUAGGGAGUUGUAAAUACUGCCUUUCUUCUUAUCACUUUUUUUUUAAUCAUCUUCUUCAUCAUAAACUUCAUGUUACUCCGAUUGAAAGUUUUUAAAAUGUUCUUUGUACUAUUUUGUUACAUGUUAUGUAAAAAAAAGAAUUUCGAAGUAUAUUCAACAACAGAAAUUGUUGGAAGUUCUUCAAAAUAGAAAACAUUUUAAUUUUUGUUGAAAUGCUAACUAUUGUAACAAUUUUUUUUUUAAAUUAAAUUAAAUUGUGUACAGCCAAUAAAAAAAUUGAGGAAAUAAAUUAUUUGAACAACGAA